GUGAGAAACGGCGCCGGUCUCAGAGCUGAUAGGUCCUCUGGAUGGUUUCUGUUUCAGGGUGGUUUCUAAUUAUCAGAAGUGUUUGGACGGUUGUAGAUGUGCUGCAGAGGAACCGCGUGCUGCAGAGAAAUGUGGUUAGUGUGGUCGGUCACAUUGUGGUGCUGAAACUCACCCAGCCGAGCUCAAAGACAAAAUGACUUCUGAUGCUGUAGGAACCGGUUUACGGGCCUGUGGAUGGGCCUCAGUGUGGAUGCUGCUCCUCCAGCUCGGUUCUGAUCCAGGUGCUGCAGAGACACUGGUGCACCAGGUUGGAGCCACAGUUCACCUGAACGCAAACAUACCUGUGGCAGAGUCAGAUGAUGUGCGCUGGAAAUUAAAGACAGACAAUGUUCUCAUUCCACUGAAAAAUACUGCCCAGGAUUACAUUAUUGAAAAUGGAAACCUGCAGAUCCGUGAGGGGAACAAGAAUCACUCUGGAUUAUACUUUUUGGAGAUUUUUAACAGUAGUGGAAGCUGUUUAUUAAAGAAAGAUUUUAAGAUCAUCUUUCUAGAACCAGUAUCUAAUAUCAAGGUUCUGCCUACUUGCCCUGAGGGAAAGAACACCACUGUAACCUGCACUGUCGACAGCGGAGAUGAUGUGCACUUCCUGUGGAAGUGGACUUUUAACGGGUCUGAGAAGAGCGAGGCACCGCAGGCAGAAGCAGAUAAUCACACAGUUCGCAUCCUGUUUGAGGACGGUGUCCCUGACAGGCUUGUCUGUGAGGCAUGGAACGCUUUGAAUGACAUAAGAGCAGAAGUUCAAUGCAGAGGGUACAUGUGGACGCUGGUGGCUGGCGCUGGGUUCCUGCUGGUCUGUCUGUUGGUGGGGGUUCUGGCCGUGAGGAGAAAGAGGAGCGCAGUCAGUAAAUCAGGAACAGAUGAUGUUUACCUCGACAUGACGGGACGACUUCAAGCCAAACCCCAACCUCAACAUCCGGCAGCCCCCCCUCCCGACACCUGCACUUACGAGCAGCUCAGGCCUCUCCAGAAUAAACCACCUCCAUCAUCAUUAUCACCAUCUUUAUCACCAGAAUCACCAGAAUCACAAUCUCCAUCACCACCAUCACCACCCCCAUCAUCAUCAAAACCUGUAAGAUUGAAUAUACAGGAUAUAUAUGUGUUAUAAUAUGUUAUGUGUGUGUGUGUGUGUGUGUGUGUGUGUGU